GGCAGAUUUAGAUGUUCAAAACGAUAUAAGCCAGCAAGUACAACAAAUCAGCCUGAAAUACAAACCACCAUGGCUUCUCAUGAAGGAGAAACUCUCAGCCUUGGUGGGGGACGCAAGAGGAAAUCAAAUAAUCGCAGAUCUUCAAUUCUGAAGAUGGGCAACAGGUCACCUUCUAGAGGGGCUCUGUAUGACAUAGACCCUAAUGCUCCAGCGCAGGGUGAUGGAACCAAGGAGAAGAAAACAAGGAUGUCUCGUAGGGUCAGCUUUGCUGAAACAAACCAAGUCAAGGAGUUUGUUAAAGAUGCCUCCUGGCACCUGAACCACUCAAAUGAUCCAGAUCACCAACCUACAACAGCCCAGCAAGACAAUGCUGAGAACAAAGGAGAGGUUAACCCCCCUAAGAUAUCAGGCCUAGACUCCCUCCUUACAGGACACAUACAACACAGUGGGCCAGUUAAUACUGAGGGAGAACCAGAGCAUAGGGAGCCAUCACCCGUAGAUUUCCAAAAUGUCACUCACAACGAAUCUGUCCAAAUGGAUAUGACCAGUUGCUAUGGAAACAUAUCAACCAAUCAGGAUGAAGAUGCUGACAAUGACCAUAUGAGUGCCUUGCCAAAAUUGGAUGCAUCUUCUUUUUUGAAAAAACUAGCUGUAUCUUCCUCUAACAUCGAAGAAAAUCGAGAGCAUGAAUCAUCUGAUUCUCAGAAGAGUGAUAUGAAUUAUCAAAGUGGAGCAGACUUCAUGAGUGACCAAAAAGAACUCAUGAGCAACCACACACAGAUUUUUGGCACAGGUGGGGAUAUGGAAAUGACCUCCACACAUAGAGAUCUGAUCUCUCAAUGGCACAAUCAGGAGACUUGUGUGUCUAAUCCAUCCGCCUCUGAAUCUAAACUUGAUUCCAAAAGUUUGUUAUCAAAAUUGACUGAUAGACAAAAUACUGCACCAGUCCUGGAUUCUAAAAACUUGUUAUCAAAAUUGACUGAUUCCCAACCAUCAAAACCAGUUCUGGACUCAAAAAGUCUGCUUUCAAAAUUAACAGGUAAAAGUUCACACCCCACUUCAAAAUUGACAGACAGUCAAACAACAACGCCAGUUCUGGACUCAAAAAGUUUGCUCUCUAAAUUGACAGACAGUCAAGGUCCAAAACCAGUCCUGGACUCCAAAAGCCUUCUUUCAAAAUUAACUGGUGAAAGUUUAAAGCCUUCUUCAAAAUUGACAAACAGUCAAACUUCAAAGCCAGUUCUGGACUCAAAAAGUCUCCUUUCAAAAUUGACAGGUGAAAGUUCACAUCCCACCUCAGACCAGGAGAAAACACAGAUUUUUUCUCAAGAUGAAACGAAUCAAAUGGAUUUCACAGCAUGCCAUGGUGGUCUUCAACAUGAAACAGAAAAACCAAUCAGAAAGGUGAACAGUGGAGAUAUCCUCGAGAAACUGAAAACCACACAAUCUGCUAAGCCUAACACUACCCAGAUUUUUAAUGAAGAAGAUACAAAUCAAAUGGAAUUCACAACUUGUCAAGGUGGACUGAUGGAUACAACUGUAGGUCCCCCUUCAGCUCAAAUUGAUUCUGGGACCUUUCUUAACAAUCUCAUGAAGUCCACCAAUAACUCUACCUUCCAAACCAAAAUCAAUCUAGGCGAGGUCCAGAAAACAAGAUCGAGUUCUAGCGAUAAUGAUAUGGAGAUGACUGCUUGUCAAAAUGAUUUCAUUGGUAAAGUUUCUCAGAAUGAUUCGCAGAAGACACAACUUUUUGAAAAUGGUCCAAUGAUGGACUUUACUUGUGUUGGGAGUAUAACUCAGACCACUCUGAAUGUUCCAGAUAUAACAACAGAUAAUGUGUUUGAUGAUACUGCCCAAAUGGACUUCACAGUUCCAAUCUCACAGGCUAUAUCUGUGAAACCCAACCAAGAUCAGACCAUUCAUGUUAAUCCUGAGCCAGACAAUGUUGUUUCUGAAUCACAACCUGAAGAAAUACCCAAUCAAGUCACAGCUGUUGAUGCUGUAUCUCCACAGCCUGUGCUUGAAUCCAGCCUCAAUGAAUCUAUGGAUGAUAAUGUAAUAAGCUUCAAGCAGGGUAGCUUUAGUAGUGAAGAUCAAACGCUACCUGUCUCCCAAGCCAUCCAUGUAGGUAACAUAGACCCCAUUGACCACACCAUUCAAUUUAAAGCUCCACCUGCUGAAGUUGCCACCAAUGCACCAGAUGAACCAACCCUAACUGAGGAAAAAUUAGGACCUGUCCAAAAACUGCUGGCUAAGGCGAAGAAAAGACGCUCAUCGAUUGCAUGUAAUUUUGAUAACGAUCAUACAGAAGCAAUGGAUUUCACAACGUGUGUAGGAGGUAUAGCUGUAAAUGACCCAAACAAGGAGUUGAAUCCUGUUGAACGCUUGAAAAAGACAUUAAAUAGAGCGAGAGCUUCCUUAGGAGGAAAAACUGAUACCAUGGACUUUACCACCUGUGUUGGGGGUAUAGAUACUGCUAAAAAGUCAAGGUUCGAUGCAACUAAAUUAUUUACCGAAGAUGACCAAAUGGAGUUUACUGCAUGUGUUGGUGACCUUCUCAACAGUAAGCCAACUGAAUCAAAUGUUAAAGGAUGGCAAGCUACCAAGCCUAACACUACUGCUAUACCAGAUACUCCUGAUAAGACAGCCAUAUUUGAUAAAUCAGCACUAGGAGGAGACAUGGAGAUGACUGAGGCUAUUCCUGCAUUCAUAAAAACAACAAGUGAACUCACUGAGGCUGAUAAGGAUAAACCAACAGCUCUGAAUACCAUGGAUGACACUCCAACAGAACUACCUGACAAAACAACAAUUUUUAACAGAACCUCAGAUGGUGGAUUUGACAUGGACUUCACCCAAGCUAUAACAGGGAACAUUCAAGUUGACCUCCAGAUACCCAAGUCUAAAGCCAGAAACAGGAGACUAAACAGAACUUCUGUUGGAGGUAUGGACAUGGAAAUGACUCAGGCCUUUACUGGAAACAUCCAGACAGAUGAUAAAACACAGAUAUUUGACAGGACAACUGUUGGUGGAUUCGAUAUGGAAAUGACCCAAGCUGUCACUGGAAACAUCCAGACAGAUCUAGAGAUUCCCAAGAAAAUUGAUAAAACCUCGGAAUUUGAGAAAACUAGUGUAGAUGACUUUGAUAUGGAUAUCACCAAACCAACAGAGAAGCAUGAGGCAAAUGAUGAAUGUAAUGGUUUAGACAAAACUUCUUUAGGAGGGUUUGAUAUGGAAAUGACCCAAGCUGUUACUGCAAACAUACAAUCACAUGGAGUGAAACCAACAACUAACACAACACACACAAAUGAUAAGACACAGAUAUUUGAUAGGACAACUGUUGGUGGAUUUGAUAUGGAAAUGACCCAAGCUGUUACUGCAAACAUACAAUCACAUGGAGUGAAACCAACAACUAACACAACACACACAAAUGAUAAGACACAGAUAUUUGAUAGGACAAAUGUUGGUGGAUUUGAUAUGGAAAUGACCCAAGCAUUCACUGGGAAAAUUCAAACUUCCUUGGAGACACCUACAGGAACCUCUCCAGAAAAACUAGAAAAUCACAACAAGACUAGUGGUGGUCUUGACAUGGAAAUGACUGAAGCUAUUCCUCUUAAUAUCAAUGCUCAUAUAGAAGCAAAUAACACUCACAUUGGAGGAAGUGAAGCCCACAUUGAAGCAAGUAAUGCCCAUAUUGAAGCUAAUAACACCUACAUUAAAGGAAGUACUGGCCAUACUGAAGCAAACAACACCUACAUUAAAGGAAGUAAUGCCCAUAUUGAAGCAAACAACACCUAUGUUAAAGGAAGUAAUGCCCAUGUUGAAGCAAACAAUACCCAUGUUGAAGCAAACAAUACCCAUAUUGAACAAUCACUUAUGGGCAAACCAACUGAAAAUACAAGCUCCAAAUCAGUAGAGCAUCGGGACACAACUUUCUCUGUGAAUACACCUGGAGUCUCAGUAUUAAAACACAGUAGUAUCACCUCAGAUCAUACUGAUAGCUCCAUAGCCAUGUCUGUUCAAGACUAUGCUGAAGAUGCCUUCAAGUCUCUGCAUGAAAUCAACACUGCUGGUUCCAUCAAAUCUGCUGAGCCUGCCACAGUACUUGAGGACUCUGUCUUGGCAAAUAAUGACGCACUACCUGACUAUGCAGAGGAUGCUUUUAAGAGUUUAGAUGUUGUGAAACCAAUGACAGCUGUUGAUGCUGCAACUGUUGAUGGAGCUCCCGCAAUGAACAGAUCACGCCAUCUGAGCAGCACGUUCCAUGUCUCAUCAUGUGUUUCUGGUAUAUUAGAUGAAAAGAUGCCAGAGUUUGAUCAUAGCAUUACCAACAGUGGCAACCUAGACACACAUCAUCUUCUCAUGGCUGAAGCUCCUGGUGAACUCUCCAAGUCAAGGAUUGACACCCAGUAUUUACUAAAACAGAUUGGGGAAGACACAGAUCAUAAUGUUUCAAAUAAGUCUAGACUAGACACCCAGUACUUGCUAAAGGAGGUCAAUGACAGACUAAAUGAAAAAGACAAUUUGACAGAUACGUCACUAAGAGGGGACCUGUCACAAAGUGAGGACAUUUUACACGGGGAUAUGUCAGUUAGGGACCUGUCAAAUAAAGCUGAUGUCUCUGAACCAGUUGGUGCUGUUACUAUGACAACAGAAGAUGCUCAAACAAUAGAAUCUACAGAGAAUACUGGCUCCAAGGAGAUUGGUUCCACCCAUGAUAAACUGGCACAGCUAUCACCAACUGAGGCAGACAAAUCUGAUAAUGUGUUCAACAUGGACAUGAACCUUAGUGUGGAGGAGUUCCUGUCAACAUUGAAUGUGCAGCUAGAUAUCCCUGAUCAGCAAGCCAGUAGAUAUAGUAUCACACCUAUACAAGGAGCUGUUCCAGAGACUAUGUCAGAUUGCCUAAAUAUAAUGUCUAUAGUGAAGCCACAACAAGAGAUCUAUUCCACAUACUGUAAAGAAUUGGAAGAGAAGGCAAAACUUAUCCAGAAUGCUAAUGAGCAGAUGGUUGCUGAGCUGUCAAAGUGUAACCCUCCAAUGUUUGCACAUGUUAAAUCAGCCUCGACAGAACAGUUGCAGACAUUGUCUGAUAAGUUGACCAAUCGUUUAUCUUUGCUGAGGAAGAUGGUGAGCAAGAAAUUUAGAAAUUGGAAGGUGUCUAUGAUCAAUUCUAUUGAAGACCACCUGGAAGAUGAAUACACAGAGCUUUCCACAUGUGUGCUACAGGUCAGGGAUAUACAGAACAAAGUCACCAAUGCAAGAAGCAGUUUAGAUACAGUCAAUGCUGAGUUAGAUAAGAAGCUGCAAGAACUGGAGUCUAACCCCCUUCCAAAUACUCAAGAGAGAGAAUUACUCCUUAACAAUAACAGGGAAAUAAAACAACUUAAACGAAAGCUGACAGCCACUGAUGAGCAACAUGCAAAACAAAAAAGCGAAAUUGACACACUUAAGAAGAGAAGGGAAAUUCUGGCUGAUGAGACUGAAAGGCUUAGGAUAAAAGUGGAGAAGCUUAACAAAGCUAAACAUGACAGUGCACAUGUGUCUCACCUUAAAGAAAUGGUGGAUACUUAUCAAAGCAUUGUUGAAUGGGAACUUUUAGAAUCAACCAGCUACUUCAUGAAACUAGGCCUUCUUCACAGAUCCAUACAUGUAGAGUUGACACUGGGGAAAUGUUUAAUGAAUAAAUCCAGGGAGAUACUAGAUUUGAAGAUCACAUCCAAAUUGAAUGAAUUUAGUUCAGCCAACUAUGCUAAACUAGUGAACAGACUGGUACUGAGGGACCUUAGCACCAUUGACAUAUCUCAGUUAUACAACCAUACAGGAAAUCUACCUCAGCUAUUACAACAUAUGUCUAGAAUAGUAUGCAGACAUAGACAGUUGGGGGACCAGCUGAGAGCAGUAGAAAUUUCACAUAGUGUACACCUUCAGGAUUAUAGCGUGUGUGUGUACUUCUCGAGUGUAUCCUCACAUUGUAAGUUCUAUAUCAAAUUUGAUGUAACUCAAGGGUGUAGUUGGACAUUCAACAACUCCAUAGGAAAUACAAGUCAGUGUGAUAUAGAUUCUACAUUGAACAAGAUCAAGAAAGGACCAGAUUAUUUGCAGAGACUGGUAAAUAGCAUUGACAACAUGCUGCUAUGAGGAUAAAUAUGGGAAACAUGGAACCCUGAAAAUUAAUAAUAUUAUUAAUGGACAAUUUUAAUAUCUAGUGAUACUUUUUUUGUAUAUAUGAAUAUUUUAUUUAAAUAUAUAUUUUCUAUUAUAUGUA